AUGCCUUCAAUGAAGCGCUCUCAGGUGUCCUCGGACCCUGAAGAGAGUGAUGGAUCUAUGAGCUCGAAGCGACAAAGGACAAAUUCGGGCUCGUCGGGCUCAGGCUCAUCGCCUAUAGCCGCGUUGGACUCGUUAGAUGUUCAAGAUGAGGAACUCUCUGAUGAUGAGCUCGAACUCCGACAGACGCAGAUUAUCCAAGAAAAAUACUCCCACCAGAUGGACGAAGUCAACGUGCCUGCAGAACACGGAAUCCUCGAACGCGUCGAGUGCUACAACUUCAUGUGCCACGACCAUUUCAACGUCGAACUGGGCCCUCUCAUCAACUUCAUUGUCGGAAAAAAUGGUAGUGGCAAGAGUGCGAUCUUGACAGCGAUUGUUCUUUGUCUGGGAGGCAAAGCGGCCGCGACAAAUCGAGGCCAGAGCCUGAAGAGCUUCAUCAAAGAGGGCAAAGAGAACGGCACGAUCAUUGUCCGCAUCAAGAACCGAGGCGACGGUGCCUAUUUGCCGGACGACUUCGGCAAGACUAUUAUUGUCGAACGCCACUUUUCCAGAAGCGGUGCUAGCGGAUUUAAGAUCAAGGCUGAGAAUGGCCGAAUCGUCUCACAAAAGAAGGCCGACCUCGACUCUAUCACAGAUUAUUUCUCGCUCCAGAUUGACAAUCCUAUGAAUGUGCUUUCUCAGGACAUGGCUCGCCAAUUUCUUAGCACGUCUAGUCCAGCCGAAAAAUACAAGUUUUUCGUCAAGGGUGUUCAGCUUGAACAGCUGGACCAGGAUUAUCGACUGAUUGAGGAAUCGGUGGACGGGAUGGAAGAAAAACUGAGGCAACAAGAGGAGGAUCUUGUCAACUUGGAGAACCGCAAGAAUGAGGCCAAGAAAAAAUUGGAAAUGUCCGACAAACAAAAUUCUCUACGAGACAAACUCAGGAAUAUUCGCAGUCAAAUGGCCUGGGCUCAGGUAGAAGAGCAGGAGAAGAUGGUCAUUGAUCUAGCCGAUGCCAUCGCAGCGGCUGACCAAAAGAUUGCCGACGCGGAAUUGGAGCUUUCUCGAUUUGAUCAUGCGUUUGAGGCCUUUGAUGAGGAAGGGAGGGCCGCGGACGAGCAUUCCUGGCGGGCUAAAUUGGCCUUUGAGGAAGCACAAGACGCUCAAACCCGGAUUGAAGAACAGCUCAGAGAGGAAAUGAAUCUUCGAUCGGAGCUCCAGUCCCAACAACGCACAAUCAAACAAUAUCUUCAAGAUGCAACAACCCGAGUGCAGGAAACCGAGCAAAAGAUCAAAGACGAGAAAGAACGUCUCGCCGAGGCCAGUAAUGGAGGCUACGCUCGCAAACAAGCCGAGUGCGAGAAGGCCGUCAGUGACGCCUCUUUGGCUAAGAGCAAGCUUGAAGAGCAUCGCAAUGGCGCCGCCAACCUACGAAGCGACAAAGAAACUGCUCAGAAAGAACUUGCAGAGGCAAUGAGACCGAUUGACCCGAAGAAGGAAGAGAUUAGAGACGCCGAAAACCAAUUAAGAAACCUCAACAGGGAAGGAGGAGCCAGGCAGACUGGCUAUCAUCCCAACCUGCCUACCCUGCUCAAAGCAAUUCAAAAUGAGACUUCUUUUGGUUCUCGUCCGGUUGGGCCAAUUGGGCACCAUGUGACUCUCUUGCAACCGAAAUGGUCAUCCAUAUUGGAGAGCAUGUUUGGUGGGACACUCACAGGUUUUAUCGUGUCCUCUAAGAGGGACUCGGACAUCCUGAAUGCCAUUAUGCGACGGGUUAAUGUCCAUUGUUCCGUAUUCAUUGGCACCGGUGGUCAUCUAGACACGACGGGAAAGGAGCCAGACUCUCAAUUUGAUACAGUUCUCAGAACGCUUCAGAUUGAUAAUGAAUUGGUGCGACGACAAUUGAUCAUCAACCACGGCAUCGAACAGAUGCUGUUGAUAGAGAAUUUGGAAGAAGCUUCCUCUGUCCUUUUCGACGGCGACCGCCCGAGAAACGUCAAACGCUGUUAUUCGAUUGAUGCGAGGGAUCGACGACGGGGUAUUUAUCUCACCUACAGCCGGGCAGGUGAGCCCAGCCAAUCACCAGUGUCAGGAUGGUCGAAAGGUCCGCGAAUGAAGUCUGAUUCUGCCCUUCAGAUCAGUGCGCAACGUGAUAUCCUUGCCGAUUUGAAGCGCCAGCUUGAAGACCUUAACAGAGAGGCAACCAACGCCACUUCACGCGCGAGGACUUGCAAGAACGCAUUAGCAGCACACGAAAGAACGGAAAGCGAUCUCCGGCAUCAGUUCCAAUCGGCAGAAGAUUAUUCUGAAGCGCUCAAGGAGGCGCUCGAGAAAGAGAAUGCUGAGGAUGAGAUCAAUGCGCUCCAAGUUACGCUCAAGGAAGCCGAGGCUGAAAAAGAGCUCAACGAAGGAUCGUUCAAGGACAGUGAGGCCGCAAUGACCGCCAAAAUGCAAACGCUUCUCCAACUGAAGCGAGAGAAACAUGCCAAGGAUUCAGACCUCGCCACUUUCAAAGACAAAUUGCAGGUAGCGGAAGAUGAGAAAAAGCUGGUUCAAAGCAAACGGCGAACGGUCCUCGACGAAAAAGCUGCGGCCCUGGCACUGAUUGAGGAGGACAAAGAGGCAAACGCCAACGUCGUUCGAAAACUUGAACAAACACGAGCCAAGGUCGCUAAUUACCACGAAAAAGCCGGUAUGGUGUCCGCUCGAGUUCCCGUGGAGGAGGGGGAGACCCCACGAAACCUUGAAGCCAAACUCGAUAGGUUGGCCCGUGAUUUAGAACGUUAUACUGCGCAGUUGGGAUCUUCCCGGGAAGAUAUUGCGGAUGCAGCAGCAAGAACAGAGGCAGAGUAUUCAGGAGCGCGAGGGCGAGUGGAAGAGGAGUCGUUCGUGGCUAGGGCCCUCAAAGACACCCUUCACAAUCGAAAGAAGCGGUGGGAAAUUUUCCGGUCCCAUAUCUCAUCUCGAGCCAAGGCCCAGUUUACCUAUUUGCUCAGUGAGAGAAGUUUCCGCGGCCGUCUGCUCACUGACCACCAUAAUAAGUUGCUCGAUCUACAGGUUGAACCGGAUAUCACCAAGGACGAUAGCACUGGACGAGGUGCCAAAACCCUCUCUGGCGGCGAGAAGUCAUUCUCUCAAGUGUGUCUUCUUCUGUCUCUAUGGGAGGCCAUGGGCUCCCCAAUCCGUUGUCUCGAUGAAUUUGAUGUCUAUAUGGACCAUAUCAACCGAAAGAUGGCCAUCGACAUGCUUAUGAGUGCUGCCAGGAGAUCGAUCGGGCGACAAUUCAUUCUCAUCACGCCUGGAAGUAAGACAGACAUCACCAUCUCCCCCGAUGUCAUAGUAAAGGAACUGGCAGCACCCGAACGAGGACAGGCACAAAUCAAUUUCCGGCGUUGA